AUGAAACACAAAUUUUUUCCUGUUAAACAUGUUCUUUCGUAUUCUGAGGCUAAUCGACAAGCAUCAUCACUCAUUUUAUCAUAUACCAAUGAAGAUAUUACAUUUAAAGAUCGAUUAGAACAGAUUGAAAUUAGUUCUGAUUAUGUUGUCGGUGAUGGACAUGUUAUUGGAGGAAAAACGAUAGCUAAACGAACUAUUAUUGGAAAGAAUUGCCAAAUUGAAAAUGAAUGUAAAAUAGCUAAUUGUGUUUUACUAGAUAAUGUUUAUGUUAAAGAAGGAGUAACUCUGGAAAAUUCCAUAUUAUGUUCUCAUUCGACAAUCGAAUCCAAAUGUGAAAUUCAAAAUUUAAUUAUUUUUUUUAAUAAAAAUAAAAUGAAACAAUUUACAGUAAUAUUAUAUGCUGUUGGCAAUAGUCGUUUAUCUAUAUCAAAAUGUUUAUUACCUGUUGGAAAUCGUCCUAUAAUAUGGUAUAGUCUUCAGAUAAUUCAAUCUCAUUCAUCAUUAUCAUCAUCACCAUUACUUAUAUUAACAUCUGGUCAAUAUCAACAAGUUCUUGAUGAUUAUCUUUCAACAUUAAAUAUAACAUAUGAAAUCAUUAUUUAUCGACAAUAUCAUGAAUCAACAACUGAUGAUCAAAAACAAACAGAAGAUAAAUUAGGUACAUUAGAUGUUCUUCAUUCAUGUUAUUUUCGUAUUAGAACUGAAUAA